AUGGAGAGUAUUACAACUGCUGAAGAUUGUGGACUUGGUGUGACUGUUGGUUCAACUGAUGAAUGUGUAGCUGGCAUGUUUCAUGAUGAAUCUGCAACGUUUUCUUCGCUCUAUAAUAUUGCAAAAAUAGCUUCCUUAGCAGCAGAAGAAAGUUUUAUCCCAGAAAGAAGUGCCUUAAAUCUUUUGUCAUGGUUCAAAACGAAAGGGACUUAUAAAAAAUUACACGAAAUGAAAUCAAAUUCAUCGAUAACCUUGAUGAAAGAUUUCACGAUGUUAACUGGUCAAGUUCAAGGUUUAAAUCACUCGUCAUUUAUUUACGAACAAAAAGAUAAUUUAGCAGCGGAUUGCGAUAAAGUUCCAAAAGGUUUCAAUCUCGCGAAAUGUUGCAAACUUCCGGUAUUGGAGAAAGACUACGCUGUGAAGCUGAUUACUGAUCAAUUUAGAAACCAAAGGAUGAGUGAAGUUAUGUUCGAAUGUAAAUCAAUUGAAGCAAUUUUCAAAGAAUACAACAUUGCAAAAGAUGAAGGCAUUGAUAAGGAAGCGCUCUUGAAAACAAUCGAAGAGAAAGUGUUGGAACCAAUUUGGAAGCCGAUUAUUAAAGCUGCUGCUGAAGAAUGUUACGAAGAUAUUAUGGAAGAAAGAGAUGAAAUUGUAAAGGAAUUAGAAAUGAGGCCUUUCAACAUCGGAAGUGAUGAAUGUAAUGUGAUUUACAUGUCACUUCUAACAUGCAUUCAACUUGAAGCAUUUGAUAAAUGUCCACAAGAUCACUGGGUUAAUAGCGAAAGUUGUAAUGAAGCUCGUAAGUGGAAUGAAGAAUGUGGUGAAACGGUCGACUCGUUGAACGAAUUGGGAGCAUUGAAGAAAUCUUAA